ACUUCACGCAGUAACUGUGACGUUGUACUUCACAUUGUGGUAUUUGUACUUCUUCACGCAGUGACACACACAAACAAGAUGGCGGACCGCAGCACCAGUGUGUCCACAACAAAAAGACCAAGCUAAAACUUCCCUGGACUUUCUUAAACUCUAGUUUUUCCACUCUGACCGGAGACAUGAGAGCCUCCCACUGUCUGUAACGACUCGUUUACCGGCGGUGUGUGUUUCCCCAGUGAUGUUCCCGUGAAGCUGCCGCAGUCUGAAGCGGACUUUGGUCGUUUUCUCCAAAACCAGGGAGGUCAGCCGUGGGUCCUCCAACAUGGCGGCAGCGUCGUAUGACCAGCUGCUGAGGCAGGUGGAGGUGUUAAAGGUGGAGAACUCCAACCUGAGACAGGAGCUGCAGGACAACUCCAACCACCUGACCAAACUGGAGACUGAGGCCUCCAACAUGAAGGAAGUGCUGAAGCAGCUGCAGGGCACCAUAGAAGAAGAGUCGGGAGAGGCAUCUGGAUCUCAGCUGGAGCUCAUCGAGAGACUGAAAGAGAUGAGCCUGGACUCUGCAGGGUUUAAGCCCAGGACAAGGCCUCCUCUGCCGUCCUCGUCCUCCUCCAGCUCGGCCUCUUCUGGUUCUGGAGCUCCUGGAGGAGCGGCCGGAGGCUCCGGAGCUCCAGGACCCACAACGACAACCUCCUUCCCCAGGAGAGCGCAGCCGUCUGCUGGCAGAGACAGCCACGACCGCUGCCUGGAGGAACUGGAGAAGGAGAGGUCCCUCCUAUUGGCUGAGCUGGAGAAGGAGGAGAAGGAGAAGGACUGGUACUAUGCUCAGCUGCAGAAUCUCACCAAGAGGAUCGACAGUCUGCCGCUCACUGAGAACUUUACUCUACAGACGGACAUGAGUCGUCGUCAGCUCGAGUUCGAGGCUCGUCAGAUCCGAUCGGCGAUGGAGGAGCAGCUGGGCUCCUGUCAGGAGAUGGAGAGGAGAGCUCAGGCUCGUGUGUCUCGGAUUCAGCAGAUAGAGAAAGACAUCCUGAGGCUGGGAGCUCGGCUGCAGGUGGAGGGAGCUCAGGGGGCGAUCGACAGCAGUGGAUUGGCUGGCGCUCAGAGCUCCAGCAGCCGAUCGGACCACGAGCCCGUCAAUGAAGCGAGCUACUCUGUGCCUCGACGAAUCACCAGCCACCUGGGAACCAAGGUGGAGAUGGUGUACAGUCUUCUGUCCAUGCUGGGGACUCAUGAUAAGGAUGACAUGUCGCGGACGCUUCUCGCCAUGUCGAGCUCACAGGACUCGUGCAUCGCAAUGCGUCAGUCGGGCUGUCUGCCGCUGCUCAUCCAGCUGCUGCACGGCAACGACAAGGACUCCCUGUUACUAGGUAACUCCCGCGGCAGUAAGGAGGCUCGUGCACGGGCGUCGGCAGCUCUGCACAACAUUGUUCACAGUCAGCCGGAUGAUAAGCGAGGACGGCGUGAGAUCAGAGUGCUCCACCUGUUGGAGCAGGUGCGUCAUUACUGCGAGGCCUGUUGGAGCUGGCAGGAAAACCACGAGAGGGGCGUCGACCAGGAGGAUAACCCCAUGCCGUCUCCGGUGGAGCAUCAGAUCUGUCCGGCCGUCUGCGUCCUCAUGAAACUUUCCUUCGAUGAAGAACAUCGACACGCCAUGAACGAACUUGGCGGUCUGCAGGCUGUGGCCGAGCUGCUGCAGGUGGACUGUGAGAUGUUUGGUCUGAGCAGCGAUCAUUAUAGCGUCACGCUGCGACGAUAUGCCGGCAUGGCGCUCACCAACCUCACCUUUGGAGACGUGGCCAAUAAGGCGACGCUGUGCUCCAUGAAGGGCUGCAUGAGAGCGAUGGUUGCUCAGCUGAAGUCUGAGAGUGAAGACCUGCAGCAGGUGAUAGCAAGCGUUUUGAGGAACUUGUCGUGGCGUGCUGAUGUCAACAGUAAGAAGACGCUGCGUGAGGUCGGCAGCGUGCGAGCGUUGAUGGGUUGUGCCCUCGAGGUUCAGAAGGAGUCGACCCUGAAGUCCGUACUGAGCGCGCUCUGGAACCUGUCGGCUCACUGUACGGAGAACAAGGCGGAUAUCUGUGCGGUGGAUGGUGCUCUGGCGUUUCUGGUUGGAACUCUCACUCACCGCAGCCACACCAAUACGCUUGCCAUCAUUGAGAGCGGCGGCGGCAUCCUGCGCAAUGUGUCCAGCCUCAUUGCCACCAACGAGGCGCACAGGCAGAUCCUGCGUGAGCACGGCUGCCUGCCGACGCUGCUGCAGCACCUAAAGUCUCACAGUUUGACCAUUGUGUCCAACGCCUGUGGAACACUCUGGAAUCUGUCAGCUCGAGAUGCCAAAGACCAGGAGGCAUUAUGGGAGCUGGGCGCUGUGGGCAUGCUGCGUAACCUCAUCCACUCCCGCCACAAGAUGAUUGCCAUGGGCAGCGCCGCCGCCCUGCGCAACCUGAUGGCCAACCGCCCAGCACGCUACAAGGACACCAGCGUGGUUUCACCGGGCGCUGGUGCCCCGUCACUGCACGCCCGCAAACAGAAGGCGUUAUUUGAAGAGCUGGACGCACAGCAGCUGUCAGAGACUUUUGACAAUAUUGACAACUUGAGCCCCAAGGCGGCACACAGGAAGGGGCGGGGCUGUAACGGCGCUGGAGGAGGGAACACAACUCGAUCAUACGCCAACACGCCGGUGCUGUCGAGCCCGAAGAACGGAGACGGAUCAAAGAGGACGGGAGAGGAGGCGACGUACCCUCGCUCAGUGUUCCCGCCCAGUGUCCGAGCGUCCAGCGACAGCCUCAACAGCGUGACGAGUGCCGACGGCUACGGCAACCGUGGCAAGACCAAACCGUCGUCAGAGCCGUUCUACUCAUCGGACGAGAGCGGAGCCAACAAGUGCUGCGUUUACAGGAAGUACCCAGCCGACCUGGCUCACAAGAUCCGCAGCGCCAACCACAUGGCGGAUGACGAUGGGGCUGAGCUGGACACCCCCAUCAACUACAGCCUAAAGUACUCUGACGAACAGCUGAACUCUGGGAGGCAGAGUCCAAAUCACCGCGGCGGCAUUGAGAGCGACGAUGAUGAUGGACAGGACACCAGGCUGAGAAGGAGGAACGAUGGCAGCGAAUCGGCAACAAGCAGCAGCCGCAUAGCAUCUGUCCCACCGCCACACUAUGUUGUUGUCACAGCAACAUCAAAUUAUAGUGGUGACGCAACAGGAGAGCAGCCAAUUGACUACAGCCUGAAGUACGGCACGGACGCCACCCGCAAACCGCUGUUUAAGUCAGAAGAGACGGCCGCCCCUUCCCUUCCUCCUCCUCCGUCCACUUCUGCUAGUAAACUUCGCCCACCUCCGCCCCCAGCCAAUCGGGUUGUGCCAAAAAGCAACCAGGAGUCGACGCAGACGUACUGUGUGGAGGACACGCCCAUAUGCUUCUCCAGGGGCAGCUCGCUGUCAUCACUGUCAUCAGAGGAAGAGGAGGAAGAUGGUGAUGUCAUCGGGAGAAAGAGGAGAGGCGGGAGUGUCGUCAGUGGAAGCGGUGGCAACGACUACCCAACACUUCCUGUCAGCGAAAAAGAUGCACACGAGCAGCAGCGGCAGCAGAAGGAGGCAGAGAGCCAGACUGCCGCCGCUCCCUCCACACGGGGCCGACGAGGUCACCACCACCACCACACCCACCAUCACCAUCACCAUGUGACAUCAUCAUCUGGGGCCAGGACUCCUAAAAGCCCGCCCGAGCAGCCUUACGCUCAGGAAACGCCGCUGAUGUUCAGCCGCUGCACGUCCGUCAGCUCCCUGGACAGCUUCUCCACCUCCUCCAUUGCGAGCUCUGUGCGUUCCAGCGAGCCAUGCAGCGGUGUGCCAAGCGGCGUGGUCAGCCCCAGCGACCUGCCUGACAGCCCGGGGCAGACCAUGCCGCCGAGCCGCACCAAGACGCCACCGCUGCCGCCAUCGACACAGAAAACUGAGGAGGAGGAAACGGCCAAAAAGAAAGACGAGGAGGAGAGCAGCGCUGACGUCUUGCUGCACUUCGCCACUGAGAGCACGCCGCAUGGCUUCUCCCGAGCCUCCAGUCUGAGUGCGCUCAGUCUGGAUGAGCCGUACAUCGCAGCAGAGAUGAAGAAAAAAAAAGAGGAGGAGGAGGAGGGAGGGAACGCAGAGAGGAAAGAAGAGGAGGCAGCAAAACCAAUUCUCGACGAAUCAGACGAUGACGACGACAUCGAGAUCCUGGAGGCUUGCAUCAACAUGGCCAUGCCCAAGUCGUCACAGAAGCCAAAGAAACAGCAACAAGCGGCACCGCGGAAACCCAGCCAGCUUCCUGUCUACAAGCUUCUCCCACCUCAAAGCCGCACCCAAUCACAGCAGAGGAAAGAUGUCCCGCCUCCACCAGAGGAGGUGCCGAGAGUUUACUGUGUGGAGGGAACCCCGCUCAACUUCUCCACCGCCACCUCGCUCAGUGACCUCACCAUCGACUCUCCACCCAAUGAGGAGGCAGCUGCGGCCAUCGCACCUGUGAUGGAGCCCACAUCCUCCCAGAGGAGGCGAGCUGGACUUCCUGAGGGCGAGAACGGUGAAGACAUCCUCGCCGAGUGCAUCAGUGCUGCCAUGCCCAAAGCCAAACACAGAAAACCAAUCAGAUCAGCAGCAAACAGCGAGCAGCUCCAAGCCCCGCCCAUCCCUCCUCCUCCAGCCCCGCCCCCUCUGAGCUCUCAACAGCAGAAAAAGAAGCCGACAUCGCCAGUAAAGCCAAUGCCUCAGCGGGCAGCUUACGGCAUCACUAUGGCAACAGCCACCAAAGCAAAACCAGGGUUUGCCUUUGAUUCACCGCGACACUACACGCCCAUCGAAGGAACUCCAUGCUGCUUCUCACGCAACGACUCAUUAAGCUCACUCGACUUUGACGAAGAUGACGGUGGUGGAGAGAGGGAUGAAGAAGAAAAGAAAAAAGAAGAAGAAGGCAGGAAAAGGAAGCAGCAGACGGCUGCUGUUUUCCCUAGAACCAAAACUGCAACCAAUCAGAUGGCGACAGACGAGAAGCAGAAGUUUGCCAUUGAAGACACGCCCGUCUGCUUCUCCAGAAACUCAUCACUGAGCUCGCUGAGCGACAUCGACCAGGAGAACAACAACAAGGAGUUCGCUCCGCCUCCGCUUGAGCAACAAGAUGGAGGUAAAGCAGGAACAAAGUCUCCUCCUCCUCCUCCUCCUCCUCAGGUGGAGUCAAAACCCCGCCCUUCUGCUGCUAGCGGCUACGCCCCCAAAGCCUUCCAUGUAGAGGACACGCCCGUCUGCUUCUCCAGGAACUCGUCGCUCAGUUCACUUAGCAUCGACUCUGAGGACGACCUGCUGCAGGAGUGCAUCAGCUCCGCCAUGCCCAAGAAGAAGAAGAAAGCAGCCACCAUCCCUGCUGCCGUUGCCACGCCACUUCCUGUUCCUAAAGCUGACGGUGGAAUUCUGGCAGAGGAGGAGCCUUCAGAGGCGCCGAGAAGCCCCGCCUCCCCUGACUCAGAGUCAUUUGAUUGGAAGGCAAUCCAAGAAGGCGCCAACUCCAUUGUUAGCAGCCUCAAUGCCGCCGCUGCUGCCUCGUCGUUGUCUCGCCAACCAUCAUCAGACUCAGACUCAGUCCUCUCCCUGAAGUCUGUCGGCUCGCCGUUCCGCCUGCCAACUGCCAAUAAUAACGCAGAAGAAGAGGUGGAGGAGAAGGAGGAGGUGAAGCGUGGAGCGAGGAUCCUGAAGCCAGGAGAGCGCAGCACACUUGAAGCCAAGAAGAAGAAGGAAGAGGAGGAGGAGGAGGACGAGGCGAAGUCAGUGAGAGGUGGAAAGAAGGUUUAUAGGAGUCUAAUCACAGGUAAACCGAGGGCGGAGCCAGCUGCAAGGGGGCGGAGCAAACCCCGAGCAGCAGCUAUGGCCAAAGCUCCUGGUAGCAGCGACGACAGAGGAGGUGGGUCAUCUCGAGACUCCACGCCGUCUCGCUCCUCCACAGCAGCCAACCAGAAAGGAGGGAAGCUGUCACAGCUGCCGCGCACUGCGUCUCCAGGAAGCGCAUCAUUAUCAUCGGCCUCCAGGCCAGCCAAACAGAGCAUGGGGGUAAGGAGCGGCGGCAGCAUCCCAAGGAGCGAGUCAUCAUCGAGAGUCAGCGGCUCCGUGGCGGCAAAGAAGCAGAAGUCGGAGCCUGAGAAGCCGGCACUCGUCCGACAGUCGACCUUCAUCAAGGAAGCUCCGAGUCCGACGCUGAAGAGGAAGCUGGAGGAAUCCGCCGCUGCAGCUGCCGCUUCAGCGUUAGAGUCGCCGUCCAGUCCUGAUACACCGGUACCACCAACGACCAGGAGACAUGAUGUCAAUCGCUCACACUCUGAGAGCCCCUCCCGCCCACAAGAAGUGACAUCAUCACGGUUCAGCCGCACUGGCACUUGGAAGCGGGAAAAUGGUGGCGGUGGAGGUGGAGGGAGCAGUGGGAAACACGCAACAUCAUUACCACGCGUGGGGACAUGGAAACGGACAGGAAGCUCAUCCUCAGUGCUGUCGGCAUCGUCGGAGUCCAGUGAGAAGGGGCGGAGUGAGGAGGAGGGCGUUGUGAGGUCCAAGGGGACGUGGAGGAAGACAAAGAGCGGGAGCGGCUCAUCAGCCGGGCGCAGCUUCACUGACAAAUCAGAAGAUGUGUGGGUUCGUUUGGAGGACUGUCCCGUGAACAACCCACGCUCCUCCUCUUCCUGUUCAGCACGCUCUCCCACUGCCAAUGCCCCGCCUAUCAUUGACAGCCCCACCCCCUCCAAGAUUCCCUCCUCCUCCUCUUCAUCCUCUUCUAACCUCAACCUGCGUCGCAGCUGCGAAAGCCUUGAUGACAAGCCGCCGCCGCCACCUGAACGCCAGCAACCGCAACCCCAGCAACGCGGCCCUCAGCGCAGCGGUGCCGUGGCAGCUCGUGUUAGCCCUUUCAACUACACGCCAAGCCCCAGGAAGAGCAAUGCUGAUGUCACCACCACUACCACAGCAACCAGCACGACGUCAUCAUCAACAACCCCCACGCGACCUUCACUCAUCCCCACCCCUGUGACCAAAAAACGGGAGCCAAAGGGUGGAGAGGGUGGCGGCAACAGUGGCGGCAGUGGCGGUGAGCGCGGCUCAUACAUCGUGACGUCAGUGUGAAGAUACAAAAUGGAGGAAGCGUAAAUACAGAGAGAAAAGUGUUGUUCGUGAACUCAAAUGUACAGGAAGUGAGUCUGUAUUUAUAUGCUAGCCCCGCCCCCUCACCUCCCUCCUCUCCCCUCAUUGGCUCCUCUCACCUGUCAGUCAGGCUUCUUUAUCAAAGAGAGAAAACUUUAAAAAAUAACUUUUUAUGUUUUUAUACCACUAAAAUGAUGUGUAGCGCUUAGCUCCGCCCCUCUCUGACUGUGUUCCUGCAUGGCCCUGCCCCCACCCUAACGACAGUUACCAUGGUGACUUAACGAUGAUGAUACGAUAAUGUUUCUGCUAGCUGUAGCGUCUGAGCUGAAUCUGCUCUUUUGGAAGUUUUUUUUGUGGAGUUUGGUUCUGCAAAAACUUUUUUCUCACAUUUGUACUGAAACUGAGUCUAAAUAAUUUGAUGCAGUUUGAUCUGAGAAGAGUGAGAGAGUUUCAGAUUUUUUCCAAAUUCUUUUACAAUGUGAGAAUUUUCUCGCAUUCGAAGUUAAAAAGAAUCCACGAUGUUCAACACGUCCUCCAAUCCUGACCAACAGCAGAAAUCUGAUGAUCUGAAGAAAAUGUUGGAAAUCUGUGAUUGUUGUGAGUUACAGACGCAGCUGAAACAUUCAGAUUUAAAUGUUUUUGGAUGUAGAGAUUUUUUUUUCAGAACCUCACUCUAAACUCUCAAACUGCUUCUGGGACUUUCGCUGCCGACUGAAGUGAAAAGUUUGAAUAGAUUCUUGAAUUUCCUGAUGAUUUUUGAGGACUAUUUGUUUCCUGAGAAAUUGUCUGUUGGCUGAAACCUUCCUGCUCUGUGUCGCCUUGGAAACAAAUAACACUGUAAAACGUAAGUUAUUGCUGUAAAACCUUUUAACUCUGAAGCACAUAAUAUAAAACAAAAGGAUUUUUGCCAAAAGUUUCCACAGUUUUAUUCAUGGCUGCAAGUUGAUUUUCACUGUUUUUAUGUUGCUGGAGGAAAAAAAUGCAAAAACUUUUUGGUGAAAUGUUAAACUGAACAAUUGUAAUGAACAAUAAAAUUCAACAUUUUAGGUGUAAA